UCUCUAGUAUGUCCAUUUGACCAAGGAUGAGAAUGAGUAACCUGGCUAAGGUCUUGAACUGGGCAGUCGGCAGUGGUGGAGUGCAGCUAGCCAUGGAGAACGCUCUGACGGCCCGGGAUCGGGUGGGAGUGCAGGACUUCGUACUCCUUGAAAAUUUCACCAGCGAAGCGGCUUUUAUCGAAAACCUGCGGAAACGAUUCAAGGAGAACCUGAUCUAUACCUACAUCGGCUCUGUCCUGGUCUCGGUGAAUCCAUACAAGGACCUGGAGAUCUACAGCAAGCAGAACAUGGACCGCUACCGAGGCGUCAGCUUCUAUGAAGUCUCUCCUCAUCUCUAUGCCAUUGCUGACAACUCCUAUCGUGCUCUGCGCACGGAGAGGAAGGACCAGUGCAUCCUGAUAUCUGGGGAGAGUGGAGCCGGCAAGACUGAGGCCACCAAGAAGAUCCUGCAGUACUACGCCGUGACGUGCCCAGCCAGUGACCAGGUGGAAACCGUGAAAGACAGGCUUCUGCAGUGCAAUCCAGUCCUCGAGGCCUUUGGAAAUGCCAAAACCUUGCGCAACGACAAUUCCAGCCGAUUUGGGAAAUACAUGGAUGUUCAGUUCGAUUACAAGGGAGCUCCUAUCGGGGGCCACAUCCUGAACUACCUUCUGGAGAAGUCCCGCGUCGUGCACCAGAAUCACGGAGAGAGGAAUUUCCAUAUAUUCUAUCAACUGCUGGAGGGAGGGGAGGAAGAACUGCUCAGGAGGCUGGGACUUGAGAAGAACCCCCAUCAGUACCAUUUCCUAGUGAAGGGCCAGUGUGCGAAAGUCAGCUCCAUCAACGACAAGAAUGACUGGAGAGUGGUGCGAAAGGCCCUGUCGGUCAUUAACUUCAAUGACAACGAGGUGGAGAAUCUGCUGAGCAUCAUCGCCAGUGUGCUGCACUUGGGAAACGUGCAGUUUUCGGCCGAUGAACAGAGCAACGCUCAGGUGGUCACGGAAAACCAGAUCAAAUACCUGGCCAGGCUCCUGGGCGCUGAAGGCUCUCUGCUCCGGGAAGCUCUGACCCACAAGAAGAUCAUUGCAAAGGGAGAAGAGCUGAUCAGCCCCCUCAACCUGGAGCAGGCAGCGUACGCCCGAGAUGCUCUUGCCAAGGCUGUGUACGGGCGCACAUUCUCCUGGCUCGUGAAUAAGAUUAACAAGUCACUUGCGUACAAGGAAACGGAGAAUCCGGGCUGGAGAAGGAGCACCACCGUCCUUGGGCUGCUGGACAUCUAUGGGUUUGAAGUGUUCCAACACAACAGCUUCGAGCAGUUCUGUAUCAACUACUGCAACGAGAAGCUGCAGCAGCUCUUCAUCGAGCUCACGUUGAAGUCUGAGCAGGAGGAGUACGAGGCAGAGGGCAUUGCGUGGGAGCCGGUCCAGUAUUUUAACAACAAGAUCAUCUGUGACUUGGUGGAAGAGAAAUUCAAAGGCAUCAUUUCGAUUCUGGACGAGGAGUGUCUGAGGCCAGGAGAAGCCACGGACAUGACCUUCUUGGAGAAGCUGGAGGAGACGAUCAAGAACCAUCCGCACUUCCUCACGCACAAGCUGGCGGAUGCAAAGACCCGGAAGUCUUUGGGUCGGGAAGAAUUCCGUCUCCUGCAUUACGCUGGGGAGGUUACCUACAGUGUCUCAGGUUUUCUGGAUAAGAACAACGAUCUUCUCUUUAGGAACCUGAAGGAGGCCAUGUGCAACUCGGAGAAUCCCAUCAUCAACCAGUGCUUUGAGAGGACAGAGCUGACGGACAAGAAGAGGCCAGAGACAGCGGUGACUCAGUUUAAGAACAGCCUCGCAAAGCUGAUGGAGAUUCUGAUGUCCAAGGAGCCGUCUUACAUCCGCUGCAUCAAGCCCAAUGAUGCCAAACAGGCCGGCCGUUUUGAUGAAGUUCUGAUCCGACAUCAAGUCAAAUAUCUGGGCUUGAUGGAGAACCUGAGGGUGCGAAGGGCUGGUUUUGCUUAUCGGCGGAAAUACGAAGUCUUCCUCCAGAGGUACAAAUCGCUGUGUCCCGAAACAUGGCCCACCUGGGACGGAAGGCCCCAUGACGGCGUGUCGGUGCUUUUGAAACAUCUGGGUUAUAAGCCAGAGGAGUUCAAGAUGGGCAGGACAAAAAUCUUUAUCCGUUUCCCCAAGACGCUGUUUGCCACAGAAGAUGCCCUGGAAAUCCGGAAGCAGAGCCUGGCCACAAAGAUCCAGGCAAACUGGAGAGGCUUCCACCAGCGGAAGAAAUUCCAGCAGAUGAAGAAUUCAGCCAUCACGAUUCAGUCCUGGUGGCGUGGGACCCUGGGACGCCGCAAGGCUGCCAGAAGGAAGUGGGCUGUCGGGACCAUUCGACGAUUCAUCAAGGGCUUCAUUUACCGGAACUACCCUCGCUGCCCGGAGAACGAAUACUUCCUCGACUACAUCCGCUACUCCUUCCUGAUGACCCUGAAGCGCAACCUACCAAAGAAUGUUCUGGACAAGUCUUGGCCGACCCCCCCACCAUCGCUGCAGGAGGCAUCUCAGCUGUUGAGGGAGCUCUGCAUGCAGAAUAUGGUCUGGAUCUACUGCAAGAGAAUCAGCCCGGAGUGGAAGCUGCAGCUGGAGCAGAAGGUGGUGGCCAGUGAGAUCUUCAAGGACAAAAAGGACAAUUAUCCUCAGAGUGUCCCCAGGCUCUUCCUGAACACCCGCCUCGGGAGUGAAGACAUAAACGCCAAAGUCCUCCAGGUUCUGGGGAAUGAGGCGCUGAAGUACGCCGUUCCCGUGAUCAAGUACGACCGGAAAGGCUACAAGGCCAGACCUCGCCAGCUGCUGCUCACACAGAAUGCAGUUGUGCUAGUCGAAGAGUCCAAAGUCAAGCAGCGGAUCGACUACGCCAACCUGACGGGCAUCUCACUCAGCAGCCUGAGCGACAACCUCUUUGUUCUUCACGUACUCCAGCAGGAUAACAAGCAGAAGGGAGACGUCGUGCUACAGAGUGAUUUUGUGAUCGAGACGCUGACCAAGAUUGCCAUCUGUGCCAACAAAGUGAACAAUGUGAACAUCAACCAGGGCAGCAUAAAAUUCACCGUUGGACAAGGCAAAGAAGGCAUCAUUGAUUUCACGUCAGGAUCUGAACUGCUCAUAGCCAAAGCCAAGAACGGCCAUCUUGCUGUGGUGGCUCCUCGCUUGAAUUCUCGAUGACGAAAAGUUGCCUGUUUGCAAGGACUUCCCUCUGACUACUUCCUGUUAUCUUUGGCUGGCCCUUUCCCCUGCCACCCUUUCCGGAGGAGGCACAGGGCUGCUUUACUGAAAUCCUUUCAUCGCUACCAAAGACCUGCAUAUCCAAAGAACCCACCUUUUAAUCGUAUCCUUGGUUUACAUCCUACCAGGCAAAAGCCAUCCCUCUUCCUUGUAGCACAGGUGGCCCGUGCAGCCCCAUCAACUCCCGAGGCACAGCAGCGGGCGAGGGGAGAAUCUGCAGAGUUGUAUCAGCCAAUUUAGUGAGAUGCCAAACUGUAUACUACAGAAUACUCUAUGAAGAAUUUCCCCCCCUCUUUUAAGAUUUUUGAUGCUUUGUAUGAAAAUACUUAAAAGCCAUAAUGUAUAAAGGAGUACAUUUUGUAAAUACGUCCACUUAGGUCAUGGUAGGGGGGGGGAUGUUUGCACUACAGAGAUCGUUAUUUUGGACCGGAAGGGCUGUGGCACUCUCGAGUCUUUGUCGCCUUUCCUAGAUUCACGGGGGCUCUGCCAGCUGCAAUGUCUCCAUCUCCAUUUCUUUUCCACACCUGAGUGGUUUGCUUGAAUGGCUUGGCUGUACCUGCACUCUGGAAUCCUGUCCCACUCUAGUUCAGGGUUCCCAUGGACCUCAUGACGCCCAUGGACCUCAUGACGCCCACCAGUACUUCCACUGGUGCCCGCCGAGCUUUUCAGAAAGUGGGGAGAACUACUGUAAGGCAGGGGCUUGUCAUUGGCAGCCCUCAUUCAAAUGAAAGGGUCUUCCACAGUUGCAAUAGCAGCAGCAGCCACUGAAAGACUGGGUGAACUGGUAAGCACCUGGAUGUUCUUGCAUUAAUUUAUGGUCCCAGUAGCCCCUUCGCGCGCUCCUUUUUAUUCCCCUUCUGUACUGCAUUUGGAAACGCGAGAGAGGUGUUGCAUUUGACUCCACCCCCUGCAGCAGCCAUUUUAAGCUCACUCUCCGCCUCCUGCUGCAGCUAUUUGGGAGCAACGCUGAACGGCCUAAAUUCCAAAGGUGCCCAACGGGCUUGGAAAGGUUGGGAACCCCUGGGCCAGUUCUGUCGAAUCACCUGUCCUUUCUUAAACCCCAUUCCCAGUUCACUUCAGGAAGGCCUUUUCAAAAUGCCCCUCGACAAAUAAGCAGGUAGUGUUUAGCUGUUGCUGGCAGAGCCCCACUUUCCGGAGUCACAAGUGCUUCAGAGAAUGUGAUUUUUUUUAAAGCAACAUUACUGCUGCUAUAACACUAAUCUCCAUUUUGAACAGCAGUCAUUCACCAAUUAUUUCCCCUCUUUAUUUACUAGCACUUUUAUGUCAAAUAGUUCUUUUGGCACACCUGACUGAUGCACACCAUGUUGACUGAUCCAGAGGUUUUGCCUUCUUAAUAAUCUACCUGCGCUUGAUUCAUUCUAACUUUUUAAUAGGACAAAAUUUAGCCGGAGAGCAAUGAAGUUCUGUUGCCACGUCCCAAUAAGACGACCGAGGGCUGUAAUUU